AUGGGGUCUAUCAUUCCUCCCGGGGGCCUUGUUCUCAUCACUGGGGUGAAUGGUUUUCUCGGAUCUCAUUUGGUCUUAGAACUUGUCGAACGGGAAUACGCAGUCAGAGGCACCGUACGAAGGCCUGAGAGCGCCUCCUGGAUCACAAAGGCAGUCAAGACACGUUACCCCACGGGCAAAUUCGACGUCCUUGUCGUGCCCAGUCUCUCUGCACUGGGUAUUAUGGAUGCUCUCAUCAAAGACGUCGAUGGCAUCGCCUACAUGGCCGCCGAUACCAGUUUGAACGCGGACCACACCCAGGUCAUCCCACCGGGCCUCAAUGCCCUGCAGGCAGCUCUCGAGAGCGCCGCCCGAGCCCCCUCAGUGAAAUGCUUUGUCCUCACGAGCAGUUACACUGCCGCCGUAGAUAUGUAG